GCCGCCGACGGUGCUGCCCUACCUCACCUCCCCCUGCACUCACCUGCACAGCACAGGCCGUGUAGAUUUUCCCUCUUCCCCCCUUCCCCCCGCCUCUCCCGCUCCCUCUCCCUCCUCACCAAUGACCAGUCUCCCUAUCGGUGUAGCUUCCGGGAUGAUGGACUUGUCCCCGAUGGUUCGUUCCUCAGCCCGCUUCAGGGCGGUCGCGGCGAUACCGAGAGGUCCAGCUGAUGGAAAAGACCGCAGACUGCACAUUGCCCCUCCGCUCCCUCCGGAGUCGGCAGGCCGCCAGGUCCCUCCCACUUUGGAGACAUGGCUCCUGGCUGGCACGUUCUGUAGGGCAGGUUCAUGCAAAACUUCCGUGACUCAUUCACGAAUUCAAUAACGCCUACAAAGACGAGUCUGCCUGUGCUUGCGGUAGGAGCAUGGCACCGAGACCACAAUCUCUUGCCGUACGUUGGAUCAGUUUCUUAGUGCUGAGCGAGCGCUUGUUGCAAUUAGUCCAGGACAGCCGCCUAAGACUCCACAGUGAAAAUGGCCCUCGCCCUCGCCAACCGCCCUGCCCUGCGCGCCACUGCCGCGGCUCGCCGCCCGGCUCGUCGCACCGUUGUGACGAAGGCAAGCUUUUACCGUGCGGCCCUGGACCCGGCGCUGGUGAUCAGCGGCAGUACUGCUGCUUUCCUGGCUGUGGGCCGCUUCGUCUUCCUGCCCUACCAGCGCCGUGAGGCCAACUUCGACGCCACUGUUGGCCCGAAGACGACUGGCACCACCUACUUCGAUGACCUGCAGAAGACCAGCACCGUCUUCGGCACCAACGACCCGGCUGGCUUCAACAUCAUCGACGUGUUCGGCUGGGGUGCUCUGGGCCACGCUGUUGGCUUCGCCGUUUUGGCCAUUAACUCGCUGCAGGCGUAA